AUGGCGGCGCGUGCAAAUGGAUCCCAGGACCAGCCAGGAUGGACAGGCUUCUUACAACUGCCACCAGAGAUCACGGAACACAUCGCAACCUUCUGUGAGCAUAAUGAGCUACGAGCGCUACGCCUCGUCAAUCGUGAUGUUGAAUCGAGAGUACUUCGACCGUUCACGUCCUACUUUGAGGAGCCUGUCGUCUUGCUCAGUCAAGAGCCGAGUCUCCAGACGCUCUGCAGAAUCGCGGAGCAUACGAAAUUUGGCAAAGCAAUAAAGAGCAUAAUGCUGUCGACCUGCGAACUACCACAACCCGACGACCAUGGAAGGCUGUUGAGGCUUCAACGUCAUCCUCCCUCGCUCUUUGAAACGCCCAGCCUCGAGGACCAGUACAAAAGAGAGGCACAGGAAGAGAUGUAUAAGCGUCUACUUGCGCGUCAGUCGGACUUCCGAGAGACUCGCAAAGACAUCCAGCUCUUGACAUCAAUCUUUUCGCUACUCAAAACUGUCAGUAAUGGCACUCUCACCAUCUCUAUCAGGGACACCACCACUUUCAGAGGCAUUCGUGAUACCUGGGCUCAGCGCGCGAUCGAAAGCGCGACUGGCGAGGUAUUCGACGAUCCAAGUGUUUCGGAGACACCCAUCUGCACCGUACUAGAGGCUCUCAGUGAGAGCGGCUUGCAGAUCUGCAGCUUCGACGUUGAUUAUGACUACUGGGAGUCGUUCUGUCUCUCAACGCGUCAGGCUCGCGAUCAUGCCAAGAGCGUCUUUGCUAGUCUCAGACGCCUAUCCUUGGGGAAUGUGUACCAAGAGGACCAUGAUGGGGGAGAAGGUUGGUACCCAGAACCAUCAACAUAUACCCUAGAGGUAUUGGCUGCUGCCCACGUUCUCGAGAGCAUAGCGCUAUACGCAAAUUGCGGAGCGAGCGAGAGAAUGACUGCAACGAAGUUCCCUUCAUUAAGAUUGCUAGACUUAGUGGCACUUGUGCUUGACUACGAAGCACUCUCCCGCUUCAUCGCCCAGAACGACACCCUACAGACCGUCGACGUCCGGGGAUGCCAUUUCUUGGGUGCCGUUGAUCUGGAACGUCUCCCUGGCGAAUACUCCAAACCAGACAAGGUCGCUCAACACGACGUGGUGCUGACUGCUCUCUUCCGGAACCUCACCGCACUUGAGAACAUUUGCAUACAAGAAUGCACCGUGAGAGCGUGGGAAUCAGAUCCUGAGAAAUGGACUUGA